GUUGGGCGAUAGAAAGAUCAUUCGUGCAAUGACUUGGUUCAUCAAUGAAGGAUAGGUUUGUGACCUUGGCAAUCGAUGACAUAUUCUGUCUACCUACCAUCCAAGUUUGAUCAAAUAAUUACAAUCAAGACGGAAUUAUUAUUGCUGGUAACUCCUUGGUGUGACCCAAACAUCGCAUUUCAGUAGGAACCUAACUUGGAUGUUAUGCCAUUGUCUAACGUUAACAAACGCUGAACAACAUCCACGAGUUGUACUUGCAACGAAGUAAGGUGUCCGUUCUUCUGACAGUCACUGAUCAGUCACGACAGACUGAGGAAAAUCAUCUAGUGAACAUUUUUAGGGUUUGAACAUAACUUCCUGACUAAUCACAAGAGAGUGGCAUCAUCUUCUUACCAAGCACACCCGAGAUACGUCAUCUCCUAACCAAUCACAUCAGAGGGACAUCAUCUACUAACCAUUCACAGAAGCCGAACAUCAUCUUCUGACCAAUCAGAACACAGGACAAUCGUCGACUGACCAAUCAGAACAAAGGAGCCUACCGCUGAUGCUAUGGAUGAGCCAAAUGGACUGAAGAAGAAUGGAGUUAUUGAACUUGCUAGUCAUUCGGGGGACAAGCAUCAUGCCGAGAGUGCAGAUGAGGCGGCCGCUGACAUGAUAAAACCGAAGGAUAAACAUGGUAACGGGGAUGUUGAGUCGGGUGUCGCGGAGUUUGGAGAUGACGACCCCACCCCGGGAUCCCACCAGGAGGAAGCCGAUGCGAUCCUCACCAAACUAAAGGGGGAGCUCAGCUACGGGAUAGACGAUGUGCCAGCCUGGUAUACCGCUUUUUUGCUUGGUUUUCAGCACUACCUAACGAUGGUUGGUGCGACGGUCGCUGUCCCACUCUUUCUCAAAGGAGGGCUGUGUAUCAGUGACGAUUACGUCACCCAAGCCGAACUCAUCGCCACCAUGUUCUUCGUUUCUGGGAUAGCUACUCUACUCCAGACAACUUUUGGUUGUCGACUACCAAUUGUCCAGGGCGGAACUUUCUCUUUCUUAGCACCCACAUUUGCCAUCUUGAGUGUGAAAGGGGCUUGUCCACCGUCUCCCUCUGUAAAUGCUUCAAUGGAAGAGCUGGCAAACCAGACCGAGGCUUUUCAGGACAGAAUAAGAGAGAUACAGGGUGACAUCAUGGUCGCAUCACUAUUUCAGGUGUUGAUCGGUUUUACUGGAACCAUUGGUAUCAUGCUUCGCUUCAUCGGCCCUCUCUCCAUCACCCCCACCAUAUGCCUCAUCGGGCUGGGACUCUUCAAGGAAGCAGCGGACUUUGCAGCGGGGCACUGGGGUAUUGCGUUCAUGACUAUCGGAUUACUGACUAUUUUCUCGCAGUACAUCUCAAGGUUCGGAGUUCCAUUCUAUUGCUAUAACAAGGGACAAGGGUGCCACUCAAACAAAUUCUUCAUCUUCAAAUUAUUUCCGGUGAUUUUAGCAAUUCUCAUCUCUUGGAUCUUCUGCGCCAUCCUGACCUCGACGAAUGUCUUUCCAACCGAGAUCGAUGACUACGGGUUCCAGGCCAGGACCGACACCCGAUUUCAAGUGCUGCAAGAGGCGUCGUGGUUUCGAUUCCCUUAUCCUGGUCAAUGGGGUCUUCCCACCGUCACGGUCGCCGGAGUCUUCGGCAUGCUCGCCGGUGUCAUAGCCUCCAUGAUCGAAUCCGUGGGCGACUACUACGCAUGCGCACGUAUGGCCGGAGCCCCGCCCCCUCCCAACCACGCGGUGAAUCGUGGGAUAGGUAUGGAAGGUAUUUCAUGCCUGAUCGCAGGGAUGUUCGGAUCGGGAAACGGAACUACAUCGUACAGCGAAAAUAUUGGCGCCAUCGGUAUUACAAAGGUUGGCAGUCGGCGUGUGAUUCAAUAUGGAGCUCUGAUCAUGAUUUUUCUCGGAACGUUUACCAAGUUUAGCGCCAUCUUUGUCAUGAUUCCUGACCCGAUUGUUGGAGGAAUGUUUUGCGUCAUGUUUGGAAUGGUGGCAGCGGUGGGAUUAUCCAACCUACAGUUCGUUGACCUCAACUCCUCACGAAACCUCUUCAUCCUGGGCUUCUCUCUCUUUAUGGGCUUGUGUAUCCCGAAUUGGGUGAAGUCUGGAACUAAUGAUCAAUACAUUAACACUGGUGUGAAUGAAUUGGACCUGAUAAUAGUUGUCCUACUCAAGACCGGUAUGUUCGUAGGAGGAUUCUUUGGAUUCGUGCUGGAUAACACGAUACCAGGCACUAAGAAGGAGAGGGGCAUCGGAGAGUGGCAGCGGUUCUCGGGAAGCGACGGGGAGAACGAAGUCGUGAACGACCUCGUGUUUCGCUGCUACGACUUCCCUUUUGGAAUGGCAUGGAUACGGAGCAAGGACUUCUUUUCUUAUUUGCCCUUCUCGCCUACCUUUAAGGGCUGGAGGUGUCGGGGGUGUUGUCAAGGCGGCAGGCGGUCAGCGUUGUAUCGUCUUGUUCCAGCGCGAUUCAGGUCAGCAGAUGAAGUUUAGAUUUGACCUUGCUGACGUCACAAUGUCAUCAUUACCAUCGUCUUCCUAAUCAUCGACCAUAAUGCUGUCUUCAAUCAGUGUGCCUUGCUGACGUCAUCAUGUCAUCAUUCCAAACGUCUUCGUCAUCAUCGACGAUACUGUCUUCAAUCAGUGUGACUUGCUGACCUCAUGUCAUCAUUGCCAGAGUUUUUUAUUUGUAUUUUAUGUGGUUUUAAUGAGUGAAUGAAUUGAAUCGAAAUUGCAAAUGAAAGCGUCUUCGUCAUCAUCGACCA